CUAUUGAGUUCCCGUCACAUGCCCGUAUAUUCUCAAAUGUUGCGCGCGCUACGUCACGAGGGUGGCAGUCAUCGCGAUGGAGUCAUCGCUCGACAAACUGAGACGACUAGGAUUGCCUGUCAGCAUUAAUGCUAUCAAAUCCAGAGACAGGAAACGUCGCGCAACAGAAACGACGUCGACAUCGGUGGGAAACAGCAAUAAAGUGCGCGUAUGGUCUUCGACGCACGUAGGCAGAAUCAGCAACGAAGAAGAAGUGGCUUUAAUUAAGGAUGGUAUCACGCAGAUAACGAUAUUUGACGACAACGAGUGCAACAUCAUCGAGGAGAACAUUGACUGUAUCGUGAAAAUGGGCAUGCGCGGCAUGUUCAAAGAGCAUACUGUCGACCGCGCCCCAUUGAGGAGUAAAUACUUUUUCGGUCACGGCUACACGUAUGGCUCACAGAUGAGCAAACGUGGCCCAGGACAAGAGAGACUGUACAGAGACGGAGAGGUUGAUCCGAUUCCUGAUUGGAUACACGAAUUGGUUAUUUCCAGAUUCGAAGAUUUGGGAUUGGUUGAACAAGGUUUCAUCAAUAGUGCCGUUAUUAAUGACUACUCGCCUGGUGGCUGCAUUGUGUCUCACAUAGACCCUCCACAUCUCUUUGCUAGACCAAUCUACACGAUUACAUUUCACGGGAAUAGUCGAUUGAGCUUUGGUUGUCAGUUUAGAUUCAAGCCGAUACGAGUGUCCGAGCCUGUCUAUUCAGUUCCUUUGCACAGGGGCUGUAUGACUGCAAUCAGUGGAUAUGCUGCUGAUAGCAUUACACAUUGUGUACGACCCCAGGACACCGUUGUACGACGAACAGUCAUAAUACUUAGAAGUAAUUGGAUUAAUGCACACUAUAUCCUGAGGAGUGUACAUGUAUGCCAUUGCUCAAACUGCUAUGCCAACAUACAACUAAAACUGAGUUUUAACUCAUCAGGUUGUCAGGAGAUUGUUGGCAACCUCUGGACGUUUAUAGUGAGUUAUCUAUGACAACUGACAACCUGAUGAGGCUUAACUAUUAGAGAAAUUGUGUAAUCAGCCAAGCAGCUGAGUGAGUGUGCAUGCAACGUUGCAUUAUAUGUAUGCAUGUGACAGUAUCUACUGACGAUGAGAACUACACAUAACAAUGAUUACGUUAUUUGCGUCAUUCUGAUUUAUGUA